AUGGCUCAAAAUUGGGCGUGGUUGCCCACUCCGCCAGAUUCACCACGCAAACGCCGGCAGCAGUUGCGGGAAUCCGAGGAAGUGUCCGGCAUGAUGCAGAUAGAGGACUAUAUUUACCGCACAGACUCCUAUCGAUCUACUAGCAUGCAACACCCGCCACCACUCCCGUAUCGUACAGAACCUGCAGACCGUCGAACAACAGAGGAAGUCGAAGCUCUGGGCACCGAUAUUUUUGCCAUUCUCGAGACCCACGGCUUUCCACGGGCGAGAAUGACAGGGAUGCCCGUUGUUCAGAGGCUUUUGAAACCAGGAUACCCGUCAUAUAACCCCACUACGGUACUCCGCAUUGUGUACAGAGACAUAAGGCUGCCUAGACCUAUGGGUCCGGCCAAGGAUGAACUACUUGACCUUCUACGGCGGAGUGGGAUUGCAAAUGUCGAAGUCGAAAUUCUGGAUAUCGAAAAGACUUUCCGCCCAUCUCUUUUCGCCAUCUCUGCCACUGCACCGGAAGUGAGAGAGUACGAGAGUUCUAAAGCCAAGAUGAUUGAGGUACUGGAGAACACACUUAGGGGAGCGUGGAAGACAAUGUGCAUGUACCAGUUCGGUCAAAACAAGAGGAAGUCAUCUCCGACGGUAGUCAUCACUGUCGACCCUCGGGCUAGGUGCAACUGGCACAAACUCAUGCUAGAGUUGAGAGAAGUCCAGCCGAUGGUCUCCCACCUGCCUGUGGAAUUCCUCCCGGGUGGGCUGGGGGACCUCGCCGGUAACUCUCAGUUUGAUAGUAUGCAAGAUUAUGGAAUCGCGCAAGUUGGGGAGUCAAUAACUGUUGCUGGGGAACAGGGUGGGGGAACCUUGGGUCUUUUUGCCCAUUUAACCUACGGAGAGACAACCUAUUGGGGGUUCCUCACCAACUUCCACGUCGUGAGGCCUGCGAAAUCCGCCGAAGCGGACGUGAUAAACAGGGCGAACCGGCACGGAUCUUCUUUGCAUAUCGAUGACGGCACAAGGUGCCAAGUUGUGAGGUUCGCACCAAAGGAUAUUACGGAAACCGUUUUAGACGGACAACAGCGCGCCGAAGAGUUAAAGGCGGAACUUCGUGGCCUUCACCAACGAAAGUACUACCUGGAAUUGAAAAAUACUCCCAUCCCACGCGACAUUAAUACCAGCACUACCGAGUACGAAAAGCUACUCGCACGCUACGAGAGAAGGCUUGGAGUGGCGGCUACAAUGCCGACAGGUAUCGGGCGCGUGCUGCUUUCAAGUGGUGCCACAAUGUGGAACAACAGAGUAGGCGAUUGGGCCUUUGUCCAGAUGUUCGAAAACAUCACUUAUCAACCUUUUACUUUCCCUACAAUCCCGUCCCCUCAAAAACCCUCGAGAGGACUAAACUAUCAGGAGGGCAUGCCACUAGCUGGCUUUGGUGAAAUGAAAGCAAAUGAAUGGUACUUCAAAGUUGGAAAGUCGACUGGACUUACGAGUGGUGUUUGUAACGGUGUGCAGGUGUCAUGCCGUUGGAAUGCGGGGGAUAGUGUGCGCCAUGACAUGUCGGGAAACCAACUUAUCGUCGAGCCGAAAGUGACGGAAGAAUUUGUUAUUCUGAGCGAAGUGGGCGACCACGUCCAGACCGACUUUUGUAAACCAGGAGACUCUGGUUCCGUGCUAAUAAACCGUUGGGGACGGGUCUGUGGUUUACUGUACGGCUCCACUUACACGUACGCCGGAAUCGAUCUGAAUGUUUAUGCUGGACUGGCAAUGACUAUGCCGGACGUGAAGGAAACGAUCAAAUUGAAGUCACGCAACAAUGAUGGCCAACACGCAGUUCUGGAGUUGUAG